AGGCGCCGCGGCCGCGGAGCAGUGCUGACACGCGGGGCCAUGGGCUCGCAGGGCGCGGGGCGCAGGCGGCUCCCGCAGCGCGAGCGGCUGACAGCGGAGGACGACGCGCUGAGCCGCAUCGCGCGCGAGGCGGAGGCCCGGCUUGCAGCGAAGCGAGCAGCCCGCGCCGAGGCCCGAGAGAUCCGCAUGAAGGAGCUGGAGCGGCAACAGAAGGAGAUCUAUCAGGUUCAAAAGAAAUAUUAUGGGCUGGACACUAAGUGGGGUGACAUCGAGCGGUGGAUGGAGGACAGCGAGCGCUACUCGCGCAGAUCUCGGAGACUUGCCUCGGCCUCAGACGAAGACGAGCGCCUGUCAGUGGGUAGCAGAGGCAGCCUGCGGAGUAAUGGUUACGAUGGAGAGUCGUACGGAUCGCAGCCUGCGAGCAGAAGAUCCGGCAGGAACUCCAGCUACAGCGGGGACGGCAGAUUCUCCACAUUGUCGUCUCCCAGAGAAGAGAAGUUGCCCUCCUGUCUGUGUAGCGUGGCCAGGCCUGCGGGGAGUUACCUGGCAUCUGUGUUUCCAGAGAGCAGCGUUGACCUGGCUCGGCGGGGUAGUGCCUGCGGCUCCAUGGCUCAGCCUGCGGAGCACAGCAGCCACCUCAACUCCAGCUCCCGCGCCUCCUCCAGGGCCAGCUCGGCGCGUGCCAGCCCGGUGGUUGAAGAGAGACCUGAUAAAGAAUUUACUGAGAAGGGCUCCCGCAACAUGCCGAGCCUGUCCGCAGCCACGCUGGCCUCGCUUGGGGGCACCUCCUCCCGCAGGGGGAGCGGCGACACCUCCAUCUCCAUCGACACCGAGGCAUCCAUGCGGGAAAUCAAGGAGCUCAGUGAGUUAAAGGACCAGAUUCAGGAUGUUGAAGGCAAAUACAUGCAGGGACUGAAAGAGAUGAAGGACUCACUAGCGGAAGUAGAAGAGAAAUACAAGAAAGCCAUGGUCUCCAAUGCCCAGCUCGACAACGAGAAGACCAACUUCAUGUACCAGGUGGACACCCUCAAAGACGUGCUGCUGGAGCUGGAGGAAGAGCUGGCCGAGGCCCGGCGGCAGUGCGAGGAGAAGGGAAAGGAGUUGGAGCGGGAAAGGCACGCGCACAGUGUCCUGCAGUUCCAGCUGGCCGAGGUGAAGGAGGCACUGCGACAGCGGGAUGAGAUGCUGGAGGAAAUCCGACAGCUACAGCAGAAACAGGCGAGUUCAAUCAGGGAGAUAGCUGAUCUUCAGGAAACAAUAGAGUGGAAAGACAAAAAGAUAGGGGCUUUAGAGAGGCAGAAAGAGUUCUUUGACUCCAUAAGGAGCGAACGCGAUGACCUUAGAGAAGAAGUAGCGAAGCUGAAAGUGGAAUUCAAGAAACAUGGGAUAAUCCUAAGUUCAGAAGCAGCUACCAACGGAGAAGCUGCAGACACACUAAAUAGCGUUGGGAGCCCGAGCCCCACCAAGAUGACAAGAGAAGAGAUAAACGCCCUGAGGUCAUCCGGGGACGGGACGCUAGGAAGAGCCAAAGAAGUGGAGGUGGAAAAGGAAAUUGUGGAGAACAUGGGGAAAAAAGAAAUCUCGCAGAAUGCUGAGCAAGAACAGCACGGAGAGGGUGCGGCCCCGGAUGGUGCCGGUGGAGAGGAACCUCAGCCUGGGGACCAGCCAGCCUCUGGAGAUGUGGAAAACGCCGAAUGCAAGGGGCGAGUUCAGAGCCAAAGUCCAGAGAAUCCUGAAACUGCAGGGCAGUUGGGGUCCCAGGAAGUCGCAGCCCUGCUUGCUGAGGAGACUGAGGCCUCCCUGGGGCAGCCCACAUGCCCAAAGGAUUUCGGUAGAGGAGCCCCAGAUCCCAUGCCCGGGCAGGACGCUUGCAGUGCUGCAGAUAUCACAGAGCAAGGUGAAGAAUCGGUGAGACGUCAGGACCAAGUGGAUGUGGAAGAGAUUCAGGGAUCUGCGCCCAUGCUGGAACCCAAAGCUGGACGGGUGAGCGGUGCAGAUCCUGGGGGCUCAGGCAGGGGCCAUUCAGAGAAGGAGCUAGAGGCAGGGGCAGCUGCAGUGGGGGCCCCUGGAUGUCACCGUGGGAAUCGUCUGGCUGACGAGCUGGACUCCAGCACAGGAUAUAGCUCAGAGAAGGAUGUCCCAGAGCAGGAGACAGCCAAGCCUAUGGAGGCCUCCACCCAGAGCACAGGAGGCAGGGAGGACGGUGUGGAGGAGGGAGGAGCAGAAACAAAGGAUGAGAAACCAGUCCAGACGGAAGCGCAGACCAUCCCUGAGGCUCCCACAGCCCAGAACAGCCAAGAAGAAGCCCCAGGCCCGGGGAGGACAGAAGUUGAUCAUGAACCCAGUGAAGGAAAGAGCAACCACCAAGCAGAGGCAUCAGAGUCAUCCCAGAAGAAGUCAAAGAAUAAGAAAAAGAAAAACAAGAAGAAAAAAUCAUCCGCUCCUGUAGAAAGCCUCGAAGAUGUCAGGAAAGAGCUGACCUAUCAGAACGCAGAUGGAGGCGAAGUUCAGGAAGAACAGGGGCUAUGUGCUGACCAAACGCCAGUGGCAGAAGCACAAGAGGAGGUGACUGAAGAGGCGAGGCACAACUCUGUAGCAGGGUCUGGAAGUGGUGACUGUGCUGGUUUUCCUGAAGCUGAGUUAGAUGGAAAACUGGACCAAGAGGAGGAGGACAUGAAACCAGAAGACGGGAACGGGAAAGCUGCCAGGGACACCAGGGACGGGCCAGGCAGAACCACUCAGCCAGCCGAAGGUGUUAGCAAAGGCUGCAGAGCUGGAACAGCUGGUGUUGCUCCAGGGGUGGAGCUCACAGGUGGGACCAGGAGCUCCCUGCAGCUAAGCGCAGGCCCCACUGCGGAUGUCUGUGAGACAGGAAGUCCUGAGUGGCCAGAGACAUCCCAGCAGCAGAGCCAGCUGGUCCUGGAAGCCACAGACAGUGUCAGCCUAGAGAAGGGUGAUUUUUCUAUUCCCCCCGGAGAGCCUGGGGAUUUGGGUUCAGAGAGCAGAGGCCAUGGAAAGGAAGGGAGCGAGAAGGGCAAAGGCAAAGAGGACUGUACCAUGUCAUAAGGUGGGCAGGCGGGCGGGCAGGGCUUAGGAAGGCUCCGGGACUAGGGACCCACACCAAGACGCUGCCACGCUGCCUUGAGACUCAGACUGGAGGCUCAGACUGCUGUGGCGCAGUCACUGCCCGGCUGUCCUGCUCCACACUGGGGACCAUUGCUUUUAGGUUCAUGUUAAAUCAUCAGGACUAUCGCCCAGAUCAGAGUGAAAACACUUUUGUUUCCAGUCUGAGUUCAAAAAGAGCGCAUUCCAGGAGUGUCAGUAGUGCCAACCUGCUGUGCAUCUUUCUGGCCAGCAGUGACGGACGUCUCCUAGCAUUUGCCUGAGGCCAACAUGAACAUGGACAUUCCUGACCAAGUACAUCAACCUCUAAUGGAGCGACCAAAUAGCCUUCUUAGAUUUCUGCUUUAUGACGAUAAGGGAUAUUUAAACUCAUAAUAUAUCUCAUUCAAAUAUAUGUACCUUCCUAGCUGAUGUUAACAUGUAUACUGUAACCUGCACGGUGUUUUAUUUAAAGGAGAUAAAUGGUCAAAUAGCUUAUAGGUCACUGAGUGAUAAGAUUUGCACCUUUAGGACAGGAAUUAUCAUUUUAGGGAUAACAAGUAUCUGAAAGCACUAGAGAUCUUGUUUGCCUUUACCUCACUGGAGUAUUUUAUUUCAUACUGGUACUUUCGGAUCUCAUGAGUGAUACCUGAAUUUAUUUUGUAAAAGAUUUUGACUUCAUACUGAUGAUGUAGCAAAUCCAUUUUAUACAAAGAUUCUCAAAAAUAUUUUUUGAAGUGUUUUUCUAGAGCCGACAUGUUGAAAUUGCCUUUCCUACUAUAGCAUUUCGGUGGGGAAAAUCAUCAGAAUUUCUUUAAAACUUGAAAUUGAUAUUCCUUGUUUGAAUGUCUUAAUUGUUAGUCAGAAGAGCAAUACAAAUGUUACUUGUUGUGAAAAGUACUCAUUAGUCUAUAAUUGGAUUUUUUAAUAUAUAUUUUAAAUAGCUGAAUCACUUUUGUUAUUUUGGUAUAACUAUUUGUUGUUUCUCAGUAUAUUGAUAGGAAAAUUCUUGUUUUGAUUUGCUAAAGAAAUAUAUUUUCUAUACAAAAGAGCCUUAAAAGUAAUUGUAAAAUUAAGUAAGGAUAAGAUAUAAGAGAAUGCGUAUUAUGAAUACCGGUGACACUUGAUGCAUCGAUGCUGAUUUGUAUUACUGUUACAAGAUGUAAUCGAGGGUCGGAUGUAGCUCAGCAGUACAGCACCCGCCUGGCAAGUUCAAGGUCCUGAGUCCAAUUCCUGGUACCAAAAAGAGAUGGAAUUGAAUGCACAAAGACCAAACCCUCAGUAAAAUCUGAGGCAAAUCUGUGUUACGGAACUGAAAUAAAAGCAUUUUAUAAUUUCA